AUUGGGAAACCUGAGAAAUUUCCAUCUCAGAGGGGUGGGAACCUUGAAAAGAGAGUGCAGGUUUCCCCCUGAGCUGUCAGGAGACCGACCACAUACGGCUUCAGUCCCCGCUGUCACCACAUCUGCCCGUCACCGCCGACACACUGCCGGGGACGCCACGCUCACCUGGACGCCGUUGUCAUCAUGGUCCGCUUGGUUUUGAUGUUUGCUGUGGUUAUCAUCGAAUAUGUUUAUGGAGGAUUUCAACUAAAACCUCUGUCUGUCCAAGACGGCUGCUUGCUGGUGACUGAAGAGUUGGGGAUUUGGCGAGUGGAGGGGGAGGCCAUAAUCUUCUCCUUCCCGAAGUUCGAGAGCGUGCUGCGAGUACACAAAAUCGCCCUCCCAACAGUGAAUUAUGUCAUCACUAAGAACGGAACAGAGGGUGUGGCCUAUAACAGCGAGGGGCGUGUUCAGCAGCAUAAUAAAGAGCUGUGGUUCCUCCCAGCUCAGGCUUCAGACUCAGGGGAAUAUAUCUGCACCUACAGAAAUGAAACCUACUGCGUGACUGGGAGUAUCAGGCUACAAGUGUACGAAUCCGGUUCUGUUGACAUGAAGAACAUCACCUACAGAGUGCGAGCCUUAGUGGGCGAGAACCUGAGCUUCUCGUGUCCGUCUCUGAAUGGCUUCAACAGGACGGACAGACUGACGGCACAGUGGCACAAGGACCUGAGCCCCACUCCCUCUCAGCCAGGCAGAGCGGGCUCCUUCAGCCAGUACGAAGGUAAACUCCUGAUCCCCGCUGUGAGGCGAGCCCAUGCAGGCGUCUACACCUGCCAGUUCAGAGCGCUCAUCAACAACCAGUCGUACAAAGUCAGCAGAAUCAUCGAGCUCAGCGUGGACGGAGUGGACCCUGAAACCACCACCAUCACUGUGCCUGAACUCUCCUCGACCUCUGACCCACCACUGACCAGCAGCAGCGACAGCACUAUCAGCUCUCCAAUAAUUCAGCCGCCUGUGAUUGUCUCGCCGCUGAAUGGAACCGUUUUUGAAAGUCUGCAUGGUUCAGGACUGGAGCUGUCGUGCAGGGCGCACGCUGAAUGUCAAAUAGCAGAUUCCACCGUGGUCACAUGGCUGGUCAAUGACCAAUCAGUGGAGUCAUCGUACCUUAAUGGACGCGCUCUGCAAGGGGGAAGGAGGGUAACCAGAGUGUCUGAAGGCUGCCAAAUUGAGCUGAGGUUAGUGAUUGUGGAGAUGACAGAAGAAGACAUGAAGACAGAGUUGAAGUGUGUUGCUCAGAACCAAGGAGGGAGGCAGGAAGUGGUCACACAGCUUCAACUAGAAGACUCCACAUUUACUUGGCUGGUCGUAGCUGUGGUGGCCGCGUCCUGCUUCUUGAUUGUGGUUUCUAUCUUCCUCUACGUCCUCUUCAAACCCAAAAGGAAAAAGAAGAUGGAUUACUUUCUGGCUCGGCAGAACAGCACCUUUUAACUCACUCCCUCCAAAAACGAAGACCUUCAUUAUUAUUGUGUUUGCUGUUACAUCAAAUCAGUUUUUUAUGCGUCGUGUGCGUGUGGUAUCGUACAAUGACACCAGCACUCCUUCUACAGGGAUUCGCUGUUUUUAAAUCAGCUGCUACAUUCAGCUCCAGUGGCACACUGUCACUCACCGUCUGUCAUUUCUUUAUCCUCCACUAAGAAUUACAAAAGAGGUCUUCAAUGAUAUUGUACCUGUUAAUGUUGCAAGUUUAUCUAUGUAGUUGCAGCUAUUGCAGGAGUUUUCUUUGACGCAUCUGUUCUGUGUCUGUGAGGCAGAAAUAUUCUUUCUAAAUGUAAAACUCAACAGCCACACAAAAUUUCUAAUAUCUGAUCAAACUCAGUGAAGGCUUUUGCAAAAGCAACAUUUGCACAUACAUAAAUACAACAUACUAUACAAUUCAAUGUGAAAAUGAUUCAGUGUUUGUUGUGUCAUUCAAACACUCCACCUUUGAGUGAGAAAACGAUGCAUUUAGUAUUCUUUCAAAUAAGCAACGUUUUUUUUUCAAGUAACGAUUUAUUGGCUAAUCAUUUUUACCAAUGACUGAUUAAAGGAAGUGCUUAUGAUUUGCAACUCAAGUGUGCGUGUAAGAAAAGUCAAUUUAACUUAGUCCAAUUCAAUGACACUGCAAACUACAGCAAACAUAUAGUUAAAUGAAUACCUCUUUGACAGUGUCGACCAAAACUGAACAUUAUCUUUAUAUACGGUAGAGUUUAUGGUUGAGCUGUUGCAUUGGAUUUUACAAGUGUACUCAAGAAAGUGGGUACCAAGAGGAUACAGUUUAUACAUUAACAGUAUAUAGAAUAUUUUUCAAGAUGCAAUAAACGCUCUCAGGGAAGCAUCUUAUACAGCAGAAAAAUGGUUGAAUCAUUUGCAAAUGUCUGCACAUUUACAUGACAAAGCUGAAUGUAUUAAAAGCGUGGUGUGAGAAAAUACUGUUGGUAUGUUUGUUUGAUUAAAUGUAGCAUUUAUUAAUAAAUGGAAUUACUGCUUUAUUAAGUAUUUAAUGGUAAAUUAA